CUUCGAGUGCCUGCCGAGGCGGAAGUCGUGCGGGUUCCGUAACGCGCCUUCAGCCUCGGGUCCUGAGGCACCGCAGCCGCCAUCAUGGUGCGGAAGCUUAAGUUCCACGAGCAGAAGCUGCUGAAGCAGGUGGACUUCCUGAACUGGGAGGUCACCGACCACAAUUUGCACGAGCUGCGCGUGUUGAGGCGUUAUCGGCUGCAGCGGCGCGAGGACUAUACGCGCUACAACCAGCUGAGCCGUGCUGUGCGCGAGCUGGCGCGCCGCCUGCGCGACCUGCCAGAGCGCGACCCGUUUCGAGUGCGCGCCUCGGCCGCGCUGCUGGACAAGCUGUAUGCUAUCGGCUUAGUGCCUACGCGCGGGUCGCUCGAGCUAUGCGACUUCGUCACGGCCUCGUCCUUCUGCCGCCGCCGCCUGCCCACCGUGCUUCUUAAGCUACGUAUGGCGCAGCACCUCCAGGCCGCCGUGACAUUCGUGGAGCAGGGCCACGUGCGCGUGGGCCCCGACGUGGUCACCGACCCUGCCUUCCUUGUCACGCGCAGCAUGGAGGACUUCGUCACCUGGGUUGACUCGUCCAAGAUAAAGCGGCACGUACUGGAGUACAAUGAAGAGCGUGAUGACUUCGAUCUGGAAGCCUAGCGGGUCUUCCCUCCCAGGACUGCAUUUUAUAGAUGAGGAAGCUGAGACUUGAUGCACGAGAAUCUAUGAAGGCGCUCUCCCCAAGAGUGUGUCAGCCAACCGGCUGUUCUUAAGAACUUGGCUUCUCAGCUACAAGCCACACAGAGAACCAAAGGGUACGCCCGUUUUCCACGAAAUUUUCUUAGCCUUUGGACAAUUGAUGAUUGAAUGACUGCCUUAGGAGACAAUGGGAAGCGGUUUUGUACUGCACUGGGGAAUUGUUAGAUUCUUGUACCUGAAACAUUGUAAUGUAAAAGCAAAAACUUUAUGGGGUUCCCCUACCCGCGCGCCCAGCUUUGCUUUCAUUAUCUUGUACCUGGACAGUUUGGUUCAAUUUAUUUAACUCGAAUUCUUGCUCCUGUUCGUGAUUAAGCUGUCUCCAAAUGGUGGAGGGUUUAGUCUCAAGUUUUCAUAAAAUGGGUGAGAUUUUAGUGUUCAGAGUACCCUUGUUGAAAGGAAUGCUCUCCUAAUGCCAAUAAAUGGCCUAACUGCUUUUUAAGUGCAAA